UUAUUAUUAUUGAAACCAAAAUUAUAAGAAUAGAGCAAAGAAUUGGCGGCAAUUGGAUUAUUAUUCACUUAUUUUGUAUGAAUUGAUAAACCAGUAGUGGGUCAGUAGUGAUACCCCCUUCCCAUCAACCAGUGUUUUAAACUGCUUUUAAACUAAAGCCAAUCAAAUUAUAUAAGACUUAAAAUGAUGGACGAACACCUCUUCCCUGCUCUGGCCAACAAUAAGGCGCUACAAGAUACCCUUCCGCGUUGUAAUGGAUGCGAUGGCGUUAUAUUUGAUAGAUUUAUAUUAAAGUUAGGCCACGACAACGAAAGGCAUACGUGUUGGCACUCAGGCUGUUUAGUGUGUUGUGACUGUCAUUCAAGCCUAACUGUAAAGUGUUAUAUGAGGAACGGACAGCCCUAUUGCAAAGAUGACUUCUAUAAACGAUUCGCCAAAACAAAAUGUGCAAAUUGUGAACUUGGAAUAGCGCCGACAGCUAUUGUAAGACGAGCUCAGGAUAACGUCUAUCACAUGCAUUGUUUUAAUUGUAUACUUUGUAAAAGAGCUUUAAAUACCGGCGAUGAAUUUUAUUUAAUGGAAGAUAACAAAUUGGUUUGUAAGACAGACUAUGAAUCAGCAAAGCAACGAGAGUCGUCGUCUAAAAGACCCCGGACUACGAUUACAGCCAAACAAUUGGAAACACUGAAAAUUGCUUACAAUAACUCUCCAAAACCUGCCCGACAUGUAAGGGAACAACUCAGUCAUGACACGGGAUUAGAUAUGAGAGUCGUCCAGGUAUGGUUUCAAAACAGAAGAGCGAAAGAGAAGAGACUGAAAAAGGACGCACACGGCGGACAUGUGUCCAAAAGUCAUCACUUGGGCAGCGGUUCGAGUAAUAAUCGAUGGCAUAGUGUUAACAGUAACAGUCUAUCAGUGGAUGCGAUGCCGCCUUCAAAUGCCUCGUCAGCAAUACUGGCCAACGAGACGUCCACAUCCUGUUCCUCAUGGUUUGACGACGCGAUCAUCGAUGACAGCGAAGACGAGUCUGUUUUGACUCAACCCUAUUAACCACUGCUUUCUUAUAAUAUAAGUUACAUUUUGUGCUUAAUUUUGUUAUUUUGUAUAAAGCAUUCAAUUAAAG